GCGACAUUUCCAGCUCCUUUUACCCAAUGUUGUGGUCUUCCGAAGUGCAACAGAGCUGUCUUGAUUGGCCGGCGUACUCCCAGCCUCAGUUGAGGCUCACUUCCUGCCUCCUUCUUGCUUUGGCUCUGCUUCUCUGUCUGAACUCUAUAGUAGAAGUUUGUCAAGUGAUUAGAAACCAGAAGGCUUCACAAGGAAGGUGACAUUUGAGCUACUUCAAAAGGUUCUUAGAUAGAUCAUGGCCCUGAGAGCAUGUGGCUUGAUCAUCUUCCGAAGACGCCUUAUUCCCAAGGUGGACAACGAUUCAAUUGAAUUUCUACUGCUGCAGGCAUCAAAUGGCAUUCAUCACUGGACUCCUCCCAAAGGCCAUGUGGACCCAGGAGAGAAUGACUUGGAAACAGCCCUGAGGGAGACUCGGGAGGAAGCAGGCAUAGAAGCUGACCAGCUGACCAUUAUUGAGGGGUUCAGAAAAGAGCUCAAUUAUGUUGCCUGGCAGAAGCCUAAAACAGUCAUUUACUGGCUGGCAGAAGUGAAGGACUACAAUGUGGAGAUACGCCUCUCCAAUGAACACCAAGCCUACCGCUGGCUGGGGCUGGAUGAGGCUUGCCAGUUGGCUCAGUUCAAGGAGAUGAAGGCAGUACUCCAAGAAGGACACAAGUUUCUUUGCUCCACAGUGGCCUGAGCUGACCAGAGCAGUCAUUUGCUUCCGUAGGAUCCUCGAGCCUUUGGAAACAAACCCUCCCCCUGGGUCCAGGGAAGGAUAUGCUGGCCUUUGGCUUGUUAUAGCCAAGAGCAGAAGGGUUAGCGAAGUCUGCUUAAGAUUGUCAGAUGAGAACAAGUAAGAAAAUUAACUGAGCGAAAAGACAAAGGAAAAGUAAAAAAAAAAAAAAAAAUUUAAAGGCCAAACCCAGUAAGUGCAUUCUUUUACUUUAUAAAUAAA